CCCUAAAAAACUGACGGACACGUGACACCCGAUUACCGACGCAGCUGAUGACGAUGACUUCCAGAUCGACUUCAAGGCGUUGAGCGGCCGUCCCUUCAUUCCUCGGUCGUUUACGGGACGAGCACCUGCCUCUCCUUCUCUUCCUCGGUUUCAUCUUCCUUUUAUCUGCGGAGUUCGUCGGUGAUGGAGAGCGAAGUCCCUGGAGGUCCUUCUGAGAUCCAGCGGCCGGCCCUGGAGGAGAUUCCAUGCGGAGAUGACUCGAAGGAAGAAGCCGGACUUUCGAAGAGAGAAAUGGAGGAAAACGGAGACGAAUUCCCGCGCGAUGACGUCACGGAAUCCGAUCCGGGAGAUGGACUGCACGAACGCCGGCCAUCCCUCCAUGACGUCACGAAACCCGGGCUGACGGAGGACACACCUGAACGCCCUCUGUCUCUCGCGAGCAUGAUGGUGCCAAUACUCGCUGGCAUCGUCGCCGUAACCCUCCUGGUGGCCUUCUCUCAGCAGUUGACUUACGUCUUCGUCGCCAUCGUCAGCGCCAUCUUCGUACUUAUUUAUUCUCUCCUGGCCACGGCGUUUUUCCUCUUUCUUUACGCGGUCUGGAUUUUCUUCAUCUUGUUGCGGUUCAUGGUUUCUCUCUCCCUCUUCUUGGUCAUCAUGGCGCCUGCGAUUCUCAUCCUGGCCCCGAUGUUUUUCAGAGAUUCGUCCGCCAAAUCUGAAAAUUAGCUCUCUGACCUAGAUUGGUUAUUUUACUCAUUUUAUUAUAUUCACAUUCCUCUUACAAAAAAUGGAAAAUUAAUUACCGAUUCUGUAUAAUACGAAAAUUCAAAAAUGUGGAGGGAAAUGGCCAGAGAAAAAAAAAAUGUAAAUAGCUUCUGUUUAUAGUACCUCAGUGACGCAUUUUUCACAAUUUCAAAUUCACUCUCAUAGUUGCUUAAAGUUUACACAAGUAUCUCUUCCAUGCCACAUCAAUAUUACUUUCAAAUCUGUAUAAUUACUGUAAAUAGUUUAAGAUUAUAUUCCGCUUAAAAGAGUAUCUUAUCUACAGCAAUAUUAUAUUUUCGUACAUUUAACUAACUACAUAUCCCUGCAUAUUAUUGGAAAAGAGACUGUACCUCUUUACAAUACUGUACAGAUAUUAUCCCAAAAACAAUAAAAAUAAUUUUAAAAAAUCGACUGUAUUUCAUUAAGGUAGAUGAGAAAGUACUCGAAAGAGAAAGAGAGAAAGACAAAAGGAAAAAAUAUAUAUAUAAAACAGGAUAAGACAAAAGAUAAAUAAAAAAAAAAGAAAUGAGAAAACGAAAAGUCGAAGAAUAAAAUAAAAAAGAAAGAAACAUAACUAGGUAGAAGACGAAAAACAAAUGAAAUGAAACAUAAAAAGAAGACGAAAUAUAAAAAAAGGAAAAAGAAAUGGUGUUUAUAAACCUUUGUAAAAUAACACAGGAUCUACGGACGGGAGGAACCGAGAGGAACAGAGUCUCAAAGUUAAAAUAAUAUUACAGGAAAAAUGUAUGACAUCCGACAUGAGGAUAAGUCGGGGGGGUGGCCCAAAAUCCUCGCUAAAGAGAGGGAGAGGAAGAGGAACAACUUAGAUAGCAUGACCGGCGUCACCUUCUGCGGCUGCGGGUUCCUGGGCGUGUACCUCGUCGGCGCCGCCACGUAUAUCCAGGAGCACCACCCGAAGCUUCUCUCGCGCAAGCUCGGCGGGUCGUCGGUGGGCUCGAUUGUCGCUGCUAGCAUUGCGUGCGGAGUGAAUUUGCAGUUCGUCCGUCGCAUCCUGCUGGAGGAGGCGAAGGUGGUGAGGAAGACGUUCAUGGGCGCCCUUAACCCCUUCUACAGGCUGGAGGAACCGUUGAUGAAGUCCUUGCUCGAGAUCCUGCCGGAGGACGCUCACCGAAGGGCGUCGGGGAGGGUCUUUCUGUCCCUAACGAAAGCGUCGUCCUUGACCAAUGAGGUAGUGAGCCAAUUUUCUACAAGGGAUGAGCUGAUUCGGGCCAUCCUCUGCUGUUGCUUCCUGCCUUGUCUUUCUGGCUACAGUGCUCCUAUCUUCAAUGGUCGCAGGUACAUCGACGGAGGAAUGAGCAACAACAUGCCCCUCAAAGGCCCGACGAUCGUGAGCAUCAACGCCUUCUCGGGAGAGUUCGAAAUCUGCCCCCGAGACGAAACCGGCGACCUCCGACCCUUGAACCGAGCCUUGAACCAGUGUCUCGCGAUGAGCAACGAGAACCUCUACCGACUCAAGUGUGGCCUCCUCCCCCCAGAACCCGAGGAACUGGACCGCCACUAUCACUACGGCUACUACCACGCCAAGAGCUUCUUUUGCCCUGGUGGUUCGAAGGUUCCGAGACCCAUGGAGCGUCGGAUCGGAGAAAGGAGUGAGGAAGGGGAUAAUCAAAGGAAGAGAUAGAGGGUUCGAUUGUUUACAGAUGGAAGUGGAUGAUGUGAUCUUCGUAAUUCGAGAGAAAGGUGGAAGACAUAAUCCGAAAGAGAGCGUGAAAAUAAUAAUACGAUAGAGGUGGAAGACUUUAUACAUAAUAUGAGACAGAAAAUGAAAAGAAAAAAAACUGACUGAUAAUAAAAAAUAUAUAUAAUCUAAGAGAAAACAAAGAAAAUAACAUAAUCUGGAAGACUUUAUACAUAAUCUGAGACAGAAAAUGAAAAGAAAAAAAACUGACAGAUAUAAAAAAUAUAUAUAUAAUCUAAGAGAAAGCAAAGAAAAUAACUUAAUCUAAGAGAAAGCAAAGAAAAUAACAUAAUCUAAGAGAGACCUGGAUGACAUAAUACAUAAUGUGAGAGAGAGAAUUAAAAAUAAUAAUAAUAAUCUAAGAGAGACAUGGAAAACGUUAUUCCUAAACUGAAAUUAAAAAGGAUAAUUGAAAACAGAUGCAAAACAUGAUUCAUAAUGUGGGAGAGAUGUGCAUAAUCUCAGAGGGAGAGAUGGAAAUCAUAAUCAUAAUCUUGAGAUAGAGAGAGAAAUUUAUUCUUCACAAAUGGAGAAAGGAAAACUGUUCUUGUUAUUCACUUUUUGAAAAAGAUAUUUGUGUGAAUUGUUAUUUUUUACGUUCAGUUUCGUUAAAAGGACUAGGGCAUUUUUUCAAUGCAAUCUGACGGUAUAUAUAUAUAUAUUUUUUUUUAUCAUUAGGAUUUUUUUUUUUUUUUUU